AUGGACACUUCUCAAUCCAGUAAAUCGCGACUCUCGCGACGCCCACUGGUAUCGGAUAAGCAUGCUCGUAUCAUUAUCAUCGGUGGAGGUGGGACCAUGGGCUCUUCCACCGCCCUUCACCUCGCAAGGCGAGGCUAUACCAAUAUUCAAGUCCUAGAUGUUUGGGAGUCACCCUCGAAUGACUCUGCGGGAAACGACAUCAACAAGAUCGCCGGAGCCGACAGUAUAGGCUUGUUUGGAGGUGUAAGCGAUGAGGCUUGGGAAGCUUGGGUCACAGAUCCAAUCUUCAGGCCAUACGCGCAUAAUGUUGGCAAACUUGACCUCACUGUGGGGUCUAAUGAUCGUGCUGCACAUCUCAACAAAAAGUAUGAGAAGCUCAGAGGGCUUGGACGGACCGAUGUGGAUUGGAUGGAUUCUGCCGACGCUAUCAAGCGCAAGGCACCCCAUCUUGAGCAAGCUGACAUAACGGGCUGGCAAGGCCUCUGGUGCGCUAAUGGGGGAUGGGUAGCUGCGCGACAAGCUCUCUCGGCUGUUGCGGUCGAGUGCCGUCGACUCGGCGUCAAGUGCGCAUCUGGGGAAAGUGGGACAUUCAGAACGCUCGUACUAGACUCGAGCGGCAGAUGUACGGGAGUCGAAGUAGCAGAUGGGACUAUAUGGGAGGGUGACUUGAUUGUGCUCGCCGCCGGAGCAUGGUCUCCGGUCUUAGUAGACUUGGAGGGACAGUGUGAAUCCAAGGCUUGGAUCUAUGCUCAUAUUCAAUUGACACCUGAGGAGUCGCAAGCAUGGAAAGGUAUUCCGACAAUGUACAACGACCUCUACGGUUUCUUCAUGGAGCCUCAACCGGGCACCGGUCUUUUGAAGCUGUGCAACGAGUUCCCGGGUUAUACGCAUAUGGCAUUGGCUCGACCGUUCCCUCUACAGAAAGAUAUCAGAAUGUCUGUCCCUCGAUCUCAUACCAGGCAUCCUACAGACACGAUCCCCGACGAAUCGAGAGAAGAUAUCAAGCAACUGAUCGACAAAUGUCUGCCUCAUCUUAGGGGCAGGCCAUUGAUCAAUCAAGGCAUGUGUUGGUGCACCGAUACCGAAGACGCCAAUUGGCUUCUGUGCGAACAUCCCAAACUCCCCGGCCUCGUCCUGGCAACGGGAGAUUCAGGUCACACAUUCAAAAUGCUGCCAGUGGUGGGCUCAGAAGUAGCUGAUCUGAUAGAGGACAAACUGUCCGAUACCAAGCGACACCUGUGGCGCUGGCGCCCAGGUGCCGGUGACCCGAACGGUACGGGUGAAGGGGGACCACGUCCCAAAGACCUGUCAGAUGUGGAAGGGUGGCGAUCUGAGACUCCGUGA